UUCCUUUCUCUAUGUGCUCCAUGUGCUGAUAUUUUGUAGUUGUAUGCAUUGCUCAUCACCGCUUCAGUCAAGCAAAAGUGUUAACUCGUUAGCAAGUUAAGUUUCUACCUUGAAAAGCUUUGAGUGACUAAAGAAAAGAAUGAGGCUUAAUUCCCAACAUCUUAAGAGCUCUAGUUUUAGAAGAAUUUGAGGUGUCGGAACUUCAGCAAACUACUCUUUCUUCAUUUGCACGAAAAUCAUCAGUGGAGGUGUGAAUGCCCAGCUAGCUGCACUGUAGAUAAGAACAUAAUUAUGUAGGAAUGACUGCAAGCUCUAUCAGGUUUUUCAUAGGCAAACUUUUGACAUCAGUGAGAAAAUAGACUUGCAAUUGUUAGCAACAAGGAAUGCAUUACUGAUCAAUGGUGUUGUGCACCUCUCCACUGAUGUUUGAGGCCACGCAUUAUUCUUAUGCAUGAGUUUACAUAAGGAUCGGCAGUGUAAUUGCAAAGUGCACAAGAUCUUUUGAAGUGUGUCGUCAAAUUAAGUGCCCAUGAGGUGCUGCUAUUGACACAGAACUGGAGAAGCAAAUUACUGUUCGUGAUUUACACUAGCAUCGGUAUUUAACAAUGCAGUGUGUGCGCAGUGCGGAAUUCCUACAUUAAUUGAAUCAAAACAGCAGUGUGGUGAUCAUGAGUGAAACACACAAACUGAAUACUCCUCGAAUGUGUCUUCCAUUUUGGCAUUUCAACUAAGUGUCAAAUAUUUGCUGUGAACUUGCAGUCUGUGGUGGUUACUCGGCACGCCAUCCAAGCUUAAGUGUGCAGUGGAGUGUCAGAGACUGCAGCCGUCUGAGUUAUAGACCAUUGAGACUAAUUCAUGUAUCUAAAUCAAAGAGGGCAUAGUGCAUUCAUAAACCACUCACACAUGUGUAGUGUAGUUGAGGAGGCUGUUAAUGUUGCCUUGAUGGACCUGGGAGCACGACAGCAACAUAAAACUUGGUGGUUGAAUGCAUGGAGGAUCGCCCAUGAAAUGGUUAGAGAGUUUUUAUUUUUGGACUUGGAUUGAGGCUGCACUGUAAGAAUCCAUAAAUAAUUUGUUAUUUUUGUGGACGUGUUGUUUGUUACUUAGCCAUCAUACAAUACCUCACGACGCAUUGUACAACCGCGACAGUUUAUUGAUUUCUGCAGCUAGUUUUCUUGUUGAGUCAGAGUGUGACACUCGAAAUGUCUGCAUUCACCAUCAACGUUUGGUCAGACACUUGCAUCAAUGGAUCUUGAAAUCUUCACAAGUCUUGUUGCAGUGACAUUCAACUAAAGGAGGAACUAAAUGCAGACAAUUUAGGCAUCAAGUGUUUCUGAAAAAGGAACUUUACUAAAGCCUUUCUGAACUAUAAAAAGUGUUGAGAUGAAGAUCUUUGUGAACUCCUCCUUUACUUUAUCAGCAUGACCCUUAAAUUACCUGUAAUUAAACAAUUGUGGUGUUUGGAAGCUAUCGAGGCGCAGUAUAAGAAUUCUCUACAUCGGGACAGACAGAGGUCAAAGUGCAGUUCCUCCAACUCGCCCUACAAUACUGGCCAGGACCUGAAUGCCAGCGGUAGUUUCAGCUCAUCCCAGCAGGAGAGUAUCACCAACAACAACAGACCUGUACCCUCAACAGAAAACAGUUACCGUCUACUGGAGAGGAAACUAGAACGAGAACGAGAGAAGAGGACACACGGGGAAGCGCCACCUCAGCCGAGUAGAUUAGAUUCCAAAGUCUUGCCAGAAGAAACAAGUCCAUCAGCGAUGGACAUCCGUCGUAACGGCUUCCGCCUUACCGGCAAAAGCACCAAUGCAACUCGUACUGCCGCUGCCGAUCAGAGCACCACUAGCAGCGGAUCUUACCGGACCGCAUCCAACAAGGAUGUCCUCUCUAGUAUGGGUACACUGACGGUAGCAGCCACACCGUCCUCUGCAGCUCUUAGGGGUCAAAGUGUUGGGUUCAGAGGUCGUGACCGUAGUACAAGGUCACCAACGCAGAGGAGUAAAACCAGGGGUAGUACGGUGUUACCUUUAACCGGAAAUGACAAGAAUAAGAAUGGCAGAUAUCCCUAUAUUGACCCAGUCCAUAGUGCUUCCCCGUCCUUUCAACAAAGAUUGACUGAACUUGCUGCAUUAGAAAGUGAUACUAUCCGAUACGAAAGAACUAAACGGAUCAAGAAAAGAUCUAAACAAGAAAACCAAUGACAGAGGAUCUGUACUCUGCUCAACUGAAAUCGUUUCCCUCUGUGAUGAAAUAAGAUGUUUUGCUUAGCGCCUCCAGUCAAGAUAUAUCUAUGGAAGUCCGCCUCGGAAUUGGCGGCUACAGCUAGAUUUCCACGUCGUCAUGCAAUGAAAUACAGGACGUCCUUAGCAACACCCUUAGUAACAGCUGUAGCCGUAGAUGUAGAUGCCAAUUCGGAUACAGCCGAAGAAAGAUUGAAGUAAAGAGAACGACCGAUGAUGGUCAAACUGAAAUAGGGAUGAACUGAAUUCUUUUAUCUGAGAGUCAAAAUGAGAUCCGGUUUUCUUACAAUAUCAAGAAAUUUCUUAGACGAACUUCCAUGAAACACUGAUGCUUAUCUUUGUUGAUUACAAAGAAUGGUCAUCUAUUUAUAUGAGCUGCAUAGCUUUCUGAGUGUUUAAGGAAAGCAUCAAGAACUACACAUUUCUCACAGCAUCACAAAUGUAAACAUUUCAAUCAUCUGCUUGUUGAUGUUUCUCAUUUUCAUGUUCAAUUUUUUGUGCCAAAUUUUCCAACAUGGACAAAUGGAGGAUUGUUGCAUGCCCCGUCACAUCUCACAUGAUUUCAAAUGAGAAAUAGAGAGCUUUGAGCAAGAAUAUUUCACGCACUGUUUUAAUGUUAUUGGGAACACCACUUGCAUUCUUAUGCACUAACAAAAAGAGAUGAUGUGCACUGCCCAUUUUUGGUUAGUGUUGAUGUUUGUCGCCAUCUAGUGUUUAUUUUUGAACAGUGUAGCCAAUACUCAUUUGCUUCCGAGUGUGACUGACUAUUGUAUUGGUUGCUUAAAGCACUGGUCCUUGCUCUAUGGUUAAAGUGUACAAUGUUGAGUGGAGAGAGGAAGUUACCAGGCUGUGUUGAAUGGCUAUUCAUGUAAAGUUUUGUUAAUAAUACUACACUCAUAGAGUG